AUGAAACUGCAGACAUUUCUCACCAACUACCUUGGUCUGGCAGUUGUUUCUCAGGUUGCAGCCCAAGAGCAAUGCGGUUCAAAUUUUCCAGAGCCCGAAGCAGUUGAAGCUGCUUCCGCGUUGAGAGCUGCGCAACGGUCUCAGGGAUUCCCCUCCAACUUUCUUGGAAAGAGAGCAGAUGGCCUCCUCAUUACGACGUAUCUUCAUGUCGUCGAAGAUGAAGCGCAUGCGGGCUUUGUCACUGAACAGAUGAUAGAUAACCAGGCAAGUCACAUCCCGGAAUAUGAGGAUGUCGUCACUGACAGGUGUCUCCAGAUGAGAGUUCUCAAUGAGACCUUCGCACCCCACAACAUUCAGUUCGUUGUCAAAAACACAACGCGCACCGUCAACGACGACUGGACUCGGCAGGCCCGCAUCAAAGAGAAGGCAGAAGCCCUCCGACAGGGCGGUUAUGAUGACCUCAACAUCUACUUCGAGACAGGUCUCAUGACCAACCCCAAUUCUGCCACGGGUAUCUGCAGCUUUCCGGUCGAAGACCCUUGGAACACGGGGAUCAACGGCACCUCUUGGUACACCUACGACGGGUGCCAUGUGAGUGUCGGUACGAUGCCCGGUGGCCCCGGGGUUCCUUGGGACCCGGAGGACAACAAGGGCAAAACUGCUACGCACGAGGUUGGGCACUGGUUUGGUCUUUUCCAUGUGUUCGAUGGCUUUGAUUGCAACGGCGAAGGUGACUACAUCGACGAUACGCCAGCGACCCAGGUCGCGACUGUUGGGUGUCCUGUGGAACAGGAUUCGUGCCCGGAUCAGCCAGGACUCGAUCCCAUUCACAAUUACAUGGACUAUUCCAAGCACGACUGGUAA